AUGCUCGCCGCCACUACUCGCGCCACGAUGAAUUUCCCAUUCUCAUACCCUUAUGACGACGAGUCGAGUUUUCAGUCCAUGUAUGAUCCUUUAUCAAUGACAAUGUCAAUGUCAAUGGGGGCGACGUCCUCCGUUCCUCUUCCUAUCCAGCACCACCAAGAUUCCAACAAGCGACGACGACGACGAUCUGACAACACGGCAAACACCUUCCCCAGCCCUUGCGACGUACAGAGUCAGGAUCCGUCAUCAUCAUCAUCAUCCUCCUCCUCUUCUUUCCCAUCCGCCUGUCCUCUCGAUACAUACAGAAGCGAACCCUCGCGCUGGCGCGCCCUGGUGGCACGAGAUACCCACGCCACCGACGCGUUCGUCUACGCCGUCGUCACCACAAAGAUCUACUGUCGCCCAGACUGCCCCGCGCGGCUGGCUCGACGGGCAAACGUCCGGUUCUUCGACCUGGCCGCACAGGCGGAACGGGAUGGGUUCCGGGCUUGUAAGCGGUGCAAGCCGAAUCGGGCAAAGGCGGCUGUGUUUGGUGGUGGUGGUGGUGAGGUGGUGUCGACGUCGUCAUCUUCAGUGCCGUCGUCAGCGCCGUCUCCUCGGUCCGAAGAGACUCCAAAUUCAUCGUCGGCAGCGGAAUCCCUCUCUGGUCCGAGGACCAUCUCCCCCGUCUUGUUACCUGCGCCGAAUCAGCAAGGCCAGGAACAAGAACGGGAACAACAUAGCCACGCGGCAGUAGACGGCCACGACGACGAGAACGAGAACGAGAACGAGGACAUCCACGCCAAAAUCCAGCGUGCGGUACACCUCGUGCGCCAAGCGGCGCUUGAAAAGGCCCAACCCCUGAGCCUCGCCCAGCUGUCCGCGCAGGUCGGCCUGAGUAAGUGGCACUUACAGCGCGUGUUUAAGAAGAUCCAGGGCGUGACGCCGCGGGAAAUGGCGGAGCAGAUUCUUGAAGCGAAAGCGACAACGACGGCAGCCACAACGACACCGGUAACCAUCAUGCCAAACGCCGAGGGAAUGCCCACCUCUCACCCUCACGUGCAGGGCACUCAACCUCUUGCGCCACUACCUGUGAUGGAUCUCGCUACGGCGGGGUGGUUCGACGGCCUCCUCGACAGUGACAAUCUCUUCGAUUGUGACUAUGACGUUGACUUUGGGUAUAACGAUCCACGACCGCAGAGACAGACGCAGACGCAGCCGCAGCCGCAGCCGCAGCCGCAGCCGCAGCCGCAGCAGUGGCAAUGGGAGGGAGCUCUGCCUCCACCUCUAGCAGCACCUCCAUCAGCGCAAUUCGCACAUGGUGUCCCGACCUCGAUGCUACCUGGGCCCGUACCAGCGGACAUGAACUUCGACAUGGCCAUGAGCAUGGACUUGGAUAUGGGUAUGGAUAUGGACAUUGACAUGCACGCCUCCGACGCCGCCGAAAUAGAAGGGCUACUGAACGACUUAUUCCCCGAGAUCCUUGUAUAA